AACUAUUUUUUACAUCAACAUGUCCAGUGUAGCGGUAUUUGUAUUUCUACUGGAAAAUAUAGUAGGAUUCAAAAGCGCCCUCAACGACACUCUAGUACUGAACGCUAAGUUCGCUCACAGUAACGAAACACCAGUGAUUCAGAAGUGUGACCCACACACCACCGAGCUGGUGCUGAACGCCGUCAGCCAUGACCUCGACCUCGUCAUCGUGCCCUCAUUCAACACUGAUGACACCCAGCUCAGCGAACAGAUUAAAGAUCAGUCUCCAGAAAUAUUUAACACGUUCUUUGACAAUUCUCUACAUGAUCCAGAUCAUGGCAAGGACGCCUCGAUGUAUGACAACACAACUAAUUUAUCCGAGAACGAAUUUAAGUUGUAUAGAAGAAGUUUCGGUAACAUGGAACACCAAAAUACGACAACAGUUGCGCAAGAAAUUAAAAAUGAGACAAAAGUUGUGUUUCCAACGAGUGAGCCAUUUUUGGUCGCCAUAUUUGAAACGCUGGCUAACGUUACCGCGCAGACUUGUGCGGGCACUUUGAUCACACCGCGGUGGGUGCUCACUGCGGCGAACUGCAUCAACAUAUUGACCAAUGUUUACGCUAACAACACCAAUACGACGGAGAAAAGUCACUACUACACAGUAGUGGCAGGAUCCUCAAACCCUCUCCUGGAUGGAUCAGCGCACAAUGUGACGACGGUGCUGGUGCAUCCUGAAUACAAUUCAUCACAGUCUGCUGUCACGAGUGGAGAAAUGGGCCCGUAUUUGGCAUUGAUGAGAAUCGAGCCUGCGGUGGAAGUUCCAACCAUGGAGCUGAUGGCAGACGAAGUUACGAGUGGAGAAGUUAUGGUUUACGGUUGGAUUUUGUCAAAGAACGAGUCAGACCGUGACGCGCUGUACCGCUCGUCCACCGCGAGCCAGAUCCUGCGCCCCGCGGAUUGCCAGGCCAUGUACAGUUACAAGGACAACGACGUGCUCUGCCUCUUCAGCCACGACAUGGACAAUAAUAUUAUGCAGCUUAGUUCUGGCGGACCCGUACUAAUAGUGCACAAUGGUAAAGUGAAGAUGUUGUCCGUGGUACAGACGGACGAGCACGUGUUCGUGUCCUACCCAGUCGCUGGACACUACGACUGGAUCCUGCAAACUAUUAAAAAUAAAUAACUACUAAAAUAUCGUGUUU